AUGUCUGAAUCACUCAGUAGCACACCAACUCUUCCCGAAAUGUCGCCAUGGAUUUCAGGUUUACUGCCUGACGGGUACAUUGGGCCAGUCCCAGACACAGUUCCUGUGGUACAGCAGUCGUACUUCGGUCCUCAAGUCAUGCCUCAACCGCAAGCAAUAUUCGUACCACAAUCAGCCGACGAGCACCUACCCAGUGAAUCGGUCGGCCCGUUUCGAACACCACUUACACCGGGAGACUUCCCGCCAACUCGGCGAACGCCAGCUCUGCUAUCGCCAUCUCCAUGCUACCGGCCUUAUCCUGCACGCCCCGUCUCAUAUUACAGAUCAUAUUCGCCAUGUCGCCCAUAUGGGUAUCACGAGGAAGUAGAUGACCAUUUCGUACGUCGAUGGCAGAGACGGGAUCAGCACAACAAACAGUGGGUGCCCGAUAUGUACAGGUCUCCUUCGCCCAUGAGCGCUGGAGGUAUCCAUGACUACUUUUAUCUCAACGUCCGCUCGGUGAGCGAGGGAGGCGAGUUUUUACUAUUUGUAUAUUGUGUAGCAGGCAUACUGAACGGGUUCGUAGAGAAAUCUUCACUUGUUUUCAGCGACUUUAGUUCAGUCUUAGACUCCUUUCUCCGUACUGUAUUUGUCCACGUCGAAUACGACAAACCCCUUGAAUACCCUAUUCAUCGACUGUUCCAAAAGAUAGAGGUCCUUCGGUCCAGAUUGGACGAUGCACGCAGCGUCUUGGAUGCAGAGAAAAUUCCAGAAGACCUAGCAUCCAAGGCCGAGGCUUUCGGGUCCAACGAAUGCUCUGAUUGUGAAGUGGUUGUUCUGUACCUUACUAAUCUUGUGACGCACUUAAGGAAGUUAUUGGAGGUCGUGGAAGCGGAAUGCAAGCAAACGGUUAAGCAAUUCCAAGAGUCGCUGUCUAACAACCAGAUUUCCUUCGACCUUCUCGGAUACUAUUAUGAGGAAGGAGCGCGGUAUAUCUACAAUAGUGGGAUUUACCAGAAUGGCGUAGAUAUCGCAAGGCAAAUUGUCUUGGUAGUGUUAAAGAGUGCUCGCUUCAGCGACGAUAGGGAGGAGCUGACCUUCGAGAUGGAGUAUCUUGAGUGGGAUGGCGUUCAUUUUGAGAAGCGCACCAUGACCCAUCAUCUACAGGCAUAUCAGGGAACCCGGGAAAUUUCAUACCUGUUUCUUCAACCAAUAACAGAUGAUGCGCUUGCUAAACUCACCGGUGAGAACUUUACCAACAACAGAGUUUGUCAUGCGGAGUAUUAUGACGACACGCCAAUGCGGGCCUUUUUCAGUGACAACGUGAAACCACGUGCAAGACGGGUGAUGAUCGACCCAGUUGGAUUUCACCGUGCACGCAGCCAAGGCUACAACCCGAAACUACGUGUGUCACUUCCCGACAACGCGGAGGAGCAUGCCGCGCGCCUUCCAUACUGGAUUGGUGGAUAUGAUCUCGAAAUGAACGUAUGGCGAACAUUCAAUAUUUGGGAUUUGAAGCCAGUCGAGUAUGAUCAAGAGGCAUGGAGGAAAUUGGUUAUGGACGAUAAUACUAAGGAUCUUAUCAAAGCACUAGUGGAUGAUACUGGUUGUUCUACAGGCAGCGCAAACAUAGCGCAGCUCAAAACAGGAAAGGUAGUACUUCUCAAUGGAUCACCAGGAACCGGCAGAAUGACAACAGUUCAUGCCGUUUGCAAUCUUCUCAAGAGACCUCUGCUUCCUAUUUCUGUUUGCGACCUCCCAUUCCACACGAUGGAUUUUGUAUCGAAUAUUUCUCGGCGCAUGUCGCUUGCGACCACUUGGAAUGCAGUCGUCGUGGUGAAAGACGCCGAUGUUUUCUUGAAGUCGCUCGGUCAAGGCCCAUAUAUGAAUUGCGUCAAUGCUGGUCUCCGUCAAUUUGAGUCGGAUGAUUGCAUCUCCUUCUGGGUAACAAGUACCUGCGACAAAGAACUCCGCAGGCGAUUUUCUGCCGUUAUCGAUUUCCCUGAACUAGACACUGCAGCCCGACGUCGUCUUUGGCUCGGCCACUUUGGCCAAGAUGAUCCCGCUGGAGGUUUGCGGAACAUCGAGCGCACACUUAUCGGUUCCUCCUUCGUGGAUCAGAAGAAGAUCGAUUACUCGACCCACCUUCGCGAUAUCGAGAAACUCUCGUGGUAUCAGUUAGAUGGGAGCACGAUCGAGAAUAUUGUGCGGUCCGCGCGAGCACUGGCCGCCUCAAACGGGGAACACCUAUCCACUCACCACGUCAAAGUGGUUAUGGACGCCCAACGAUUGAAUAAUCUUCCGUUAUGGCGCAAGCUCAGCCGGUUUUUGAUACUUCCGGCGAAGGUUCUCCACAGUAGUGUGGUGAAUUGAACAGCGAAAUGGCAAGUAAUCUGACCGUUCUCAUCCGUAUUUUCUUGUAACAUAGUUGUGUCCCGUGCGAUGCACGAGAUUGUAUUGGAAACAUGUAUGACACCUUGAUGGAUAUAACACAGUGGAUUUCUACACCACGAGCGAAUUUUGGCUGGGGUAGCCCGAGGCAUGUCAUGCUAUAGGAAGUGGUGAUAACCGAACACUACAUCUUAGCGCGCGAGUGCAGAAGAUGCGGCUGCUACUUGACCACCAUUAAACAGACUCGCCGAAUCAAAAUCAGUGUCGGGGAACACCCAAAUUGCACCAGUCCCCCCGUAAGUCC